GUCCAGGCUAUUUGGCUGAAUUUGAUUUGGGUGGAUUACGUGUUGCGUAACAAAAAUAAAUUUAUUCAUACACCCUCGCGUACUCUGGAAUCAUGAAGAGGAUUAACAGUCUUCGAAGACACCACCUUCUCUUUCAGCCAAUCAUCAAGCGUUUACGUCCUCGCGCCUGCACUUGCUUAUACUUGGCGACCACUUGCUCGCAUUGAUUUUUGCUCUGAUACUGCCGUUGAUAGUGAUGAAAAAUACGGGAGAACAACGUCGGCACUUCGGAAUGCGCGCUUAACAGGGAUCGUUCGAGAACGUACAAAUCAACCGCUUUAUCUUCCACCGUGGAAUCCAGUCGGGCCAGUCCGAAGUCUAUCAUUACAAAUCGAGUCUCGGCUAUGAAGAAGAAAAAAAAAACGAUAUAGCGAAAUAACGGAGUCAGAAAAAAUUGGAAAGUGUUGCAAUUUUGUGUACUUCAAAUAUGGUAAAAUUCGGUAAAAUUAUAGGUCUUCUCUUCAGCUGAACUGGUCGCGCCAGUUUAUCUUUUUUACUCCACGUUGGAAGGAAAAAGAUAAAUUCUGAACUAGUGGUAGCCAGUUUAACUGGAAAGAACAGACCUUAUAUUUUUGAUUAAAUAAAUAAUAUAAGUGAAAGAGGAUUUUCAUUAUAUUUACCAUAUUUGAUAUUGCGAAAGUUACCUUCAGAUUGGUCGCUGCUGGACGACUCGGAGUCAUUCUUGACCAGUAUAUUCGACGUAGUCAGAUCACCGUGGAUCAUGUGUCUGGAAUGUAGCCUAGCUAUGAGCGACCCUAAUCCGCAUCCUAUAAACUCUAUUAGAUGAUCCACGUCCGGCUUUUCGGAAAUAUUCUCGUCUAUGAAAUCCUUGAGUACCGUAGCAUCCUCCACGUACUCCAUGUAGAUACUGCGCCGUUCUAUGUCCACCAGGUACAGGGCUGGCGUUGCUACACCUUCAGGAUAGAGGAACGAUGAAGACGAAUUGAACAAACGACGAGAAACAGAGAUCAAGCGGGAUUUUCACCUGCGGACUUCGCCCGAAUAAUGGCGCGAGCCUCGGCCCUGAUGCGAUCCUUGGCUCAUCCUUCCCAAGUAGAGGCCCUUGUAGAGGCGCGCCUCCGCGCCUUGCGCUAUCAGUUCCAAGUCUUGCAUUGUUUGCUGCAAGAAGUACAAGCCAGAAGAUUACAUAGCCGAUGCUGAAGGCGAAAUGGAAGGGUCUGCGCGACACGUUUCGUGCCGAGCUGAAGAAGGACCAGGUAUACCGGAAGAGUAAGUUUCAUCGGAACCGGCCGGUGUGGAUCCACUUCAAGAGCCUGCAGUUUCUGAAGGAGCAGAUGCUGCCGCGGCCGCCGAUCUGGGAGCGCAGCGUCGCCAAGACCGAGGACGAGCUGCAGCCGUGCGACAGCGAAGCCGAGAACGGGAUCCCUUCCGGGCUUGACGGCGGCCUGGACGAUCGGGAUGCGAUCGCCGAUCAUCUGCUGUCGAUGGCCGGGGACGGGAACGUCGGUCAUCAUCAUCAUCAUCAUCAUCACCAUCAUCAGCUGAAGCUAGACGGCGAUCACGGUCGACGUGGCACCGUAGACGUGAAGCGGGAACCCGAGGAGAGCUUCGACAACCUGGAAUUUCAGAACGUCGCCGACAAUCUCGCGGAGAACGAGAUGAUGCUGCAGAACAUCUCACCCGAACAGGUCCUCAUGAGCGACAGUGACGCCGGCCUCGCCGGGGUCGAUCCCCUCGAAGGCAACCGCUUCGACGACAAUUACUACUUCCUGAUGAGCCUGCUGCCGCACAUCAGGACCUUGCCAGCCGAUCGCAGGAUGCUCCUCAGGAUACAGAUGCAGGAGCUCGUUUACAAGGAGGUCUACAAGAAGACCGUCGACGGCGAGCAGACGGCAAAGACUUAACUGUCGUUAUCGUCCACGUGUAAAGUGAUGAAGUUUCUCGAGGAACUUAUUUUUUUCUAGACGACGUCGAUUGCUAAAAAUCGAAAUAAUAUUAAAUUAAUAUAUAAUAU